AGGAGAGCGACCCUCCGCACCGAUGACGUCACUGCCCAGAUAAGCCUGACAAGUGAACAUCAAGAAAGUGUAUUAAGAAGGAAAUUAUUGCAAAGUUAAGAGGAAUCUCCACUUUUCCCGAAGACUGUGAGGUUGUGGAGUGAGAUAGAAACAGGAAAGAUGGGAGAGAAGAGAGUAGUACCAGGACCUCUUAAAAAGACGCUAGAAUGGGACGUGAAAAUGACGGACAAAGCAGUGAAGAUGUUCGACCAGAAGUAUGGGCCACUGAGCAAGUACAAUAGCAUCUUCAAAGGACUUGAGAUAUCCUGCCAUGGUAUACCUUGGUUAAUAGUAACUGCCACAUUUAUUUUCCUUCUCGACAGUUCUCCAUUUCGCAAUCUUAUGGUCAACAUUUUCCUUGUUCUCAUCUUUGAUAUCAUCGUUGUGGCUGUGGUCAAAGCCAUUGCCAGACGGCGACGGCCAGAGAGAAACCAGAACGAUGAGAUGAUUGGUUCGUUCUCGGUGGACAAAUUCUCUUUUCCAUCGGGACAUUGUACAAGAGCCGUCAUGCUUAGCCUUCUCUUGCCUUUGAAGUAUGACCUGUUCUUCUGGUUUUCUCCUGUCCUGGCUGGAUGGGGAGCAGCAGUAUCCAUCUCUCGUGUCCUGCUCCACCGACACCACAUCUUGGACGUCAUUGGUGGAACCGUCAUAGGUAUCCUGCAAGCCAUGCUCUACAGCUUAACGUGGCUCUCCGAUGAGUCUGCACAGGGACUCGUCAACUUCUUCCUCGACGAGACCCAAGUCGGAGCGAGUUACGACGUAUAGGGAGCUAUUAUGUGCCUUGGUUUGAGUUGCAUUAUAAGCAUAUAUAUUCAGGGAUUUUAUCGCAGUGAUUUUCUUUGGUUUACAGUGUGGUGUGUAUUGUGAUUUUUCUGUUUAUGAAGUGUUUCUACUGUUUUUUUUUUUUUUUUUUUAUGUAAACACUUUGAACAGAUGUUUUAGCUUUACAUUACUAAUGCUAUUUAACUUUGUCUGUUUACAAUGAUGGGAGUAAAAUCAAAAUAGGGAUGCUGUAGGAUGUUACUCAUAGACUGUGAAGUAGAAAUUUUCCAAUUAAUACUAAGAGAGGGUGCCCAUAUAGUUCCUUGAUAUUUCAAGAGUGCAGCAUGACAAUAUACAUGUGAUAAUAAAAGUUGAUAAUAGUGAUAUUGUUUAUAAAGAUAUUUCAAUGUCUUCAUGCAUUUUAAGGAUAAACACAGUAUAUGUAUUUACAGGUUUUUUAGAUUUAUCAUGAGCAGUAGAUAAAAAUCAAUGGGGAAUUAAAAGUGCUGUUUUGGUUCUAAUUUUUGAAGAAUAUAGUCAAAGUGCUAUUGUGUUUCAAAUAUAUUUGCUGAGUAUAGUUGGAGACAGCCAGUAAUUAAACUACCCAUACUUUAGCCAAAAUAUUUUGUACUUACAGGAUAUUCAUGAAUACACAGCAGUUCUUCUAUCAUCAGGGUUCAUGAUACUCUAUAGAUAUUUUUUGUUGUAAUUCUUUGCCUUUAUUUUAGAAUAAGGAUCCGAUAAAUUAUAAUACAUAUACAUAUUAAAUGCUCCAAGGCCUGAUUUCAGGUUAUAUUUUCAUGCAUGUUUUCGAUAUAUAAUAAAUGUAAAGUUUCUGUUGAGUUAAAAAAAAAAAAAAUUAUAUUUCCUUAUUGAGACUGAGGUUUGACAGUCAUAGUUUAGGUUGCCACAUCUUUUAUUAUUUGUAAGGAGUUUAGAAAAAAAAAGAUUUGAUAGUUGUUGCAGAGUCCAAAUUGUCUAAUAAAAAUGUGAUAUUGUCGCUGAACUUUAUGCUAAAUACGGAAAACUAUUAUGAGAAGACUUUAGGUUUUAUUUAAUUGUAAGUACACAAGCAUAAUCAUGUUCUGUGUAAUCAUGAAUAAUUGUCUGAGGAAUAUGUAUAUUUUGAAACAAACCUAUUUAUAUUUACUCUGCAAUGAGUGGUGAACGUAUAAUGGUAGUUAUUCUAUUUUAUAUAAACUGAAAUUCUUUUCACAACAAAUAAAAUCACUGGCCCCAAACUAAUA